AUGGCCGAGAAUUUGAAGCAACACGGAUACACGCCCAUCGUUUUGGACGUGCGGGGUUUCAACAUGAAAAGCGAUGCUCACAAUAUUGCUGCGCAGGUGGACAAAACGCACUCUUUGCACCCUCAUACACCUAUUCAUGUGGUUACGCACAGUAUCGGUGCCAUUAGCGCACGCUACUUUUUGAAGUUCUUAGGUGGCAGCGACUUUGUGAAGUCGUAUAUUAGCAUUGGAGCGCCGCAGUACGGAUCGCCUGGCGCCUGUGGCGAAAUUGUUGGCGGGGAAGUCUGCACUGGGACCGACUUUAUGAAAAAACUAAACAAGGGAGAUGACACCCCUGGUCAAACGAAGUACUAUUCCAUUCGUAGCAGCCACGAAUGGACUGACGGUCGACUAGACGGAGGACAAUGCCGCAUGACGCCUUUUAAGACGGCCGGAAAUGGUGGCCUUGACCACAGCUUGGAGCCAUUUAACAAGAAAGUAUGGAAGCAGGUGCGCCAAGCGCUGAACGGCCACUGCAUUGGAAAAUACGUGGAUGAACCCGAUGGUAGCAUCCACACUCAAGACACGCUUUUCCCUGACGGUGUGCCUUUCACUUAA